AUGUCCGAUUUCUCCGUGGACUUCACCAAGAGCUAUGCGCGGAGACGGCCGGAAGAGCCUCGUUCGCACUACUCCCAGCGCCUGAAGUUCAUCAACACCCUGAUCAAGGGUGAGGGUGACAAAAUCACGGAUGAUCGCAUUGAGGUUCUUUCUCAUUGCUAUAGCAAUGUCAAGUACUUGGCCAAUGUGUACAACGAGGAAAUUAUGGGCAUGUUACGGAAGUACGUCGCUUCGAUUGCAGAUGCAUUGCGGCUCCGCUGUCCUUUUCCGGAGAGAUGCAAGCUUGACUGA